ACCACACACACUCAUCCCUUGCAUCGGAUGCGUGCGCGUGUAGGAGGACCGUGACGUGCUUGUUUCCCCUCCCAUAUCCUCAGUUAAAUUUCAUAGAAUAACGGAACUGGAAAACAUCACUAUUUGCAAGUGCAUCGCUCACUGAAUGGGAAGCUGCUUAGUAGAUGCGAGUGGAGGCUUGUAAAGGCAUCAGAUUCGUAUGCGAACGCGCGAGAAGGGUUUUUGACGUAGGUAAUCCAAACAAACUCCAAUCUCAAUGGCAGAAAACAACUUCCCCCCUCUUCCACGGUUCAUUCCUCUGAAGCCGUGCUUUUACCAAGACUUCAAUGAGAUUCCAGACCAAUUUCGGACAACAUGCAAACGGAUGUAUUACCUAUGGAUCUUACACAGUGCAACCUUAGCAGUGAACCUGAUAGGGUGUCUGGCAUGGAUGUGCGGUGGGGGCGGAGCAACCAAUUUUGGAAUGUCCAUUCUGUGGCUGAUACUGUUCACCCCAUGCUCGUACGUGUGCUGGUUUAGGCCCAUUUACAAGGCCUUCAAGACAGACAGCUCUUUCAACUUUAUGGCAUUUUUCUUCGUAUUCAUGGCGCAGGUGGUGAUCAGUAUCAUUCAGGCAAUUGGAAUCCCAGGAUGGGGAGUGUGUGGCUGGUUGGCCACCAUUACUUUUUUCAGCACUAAUAUCGGCUCUGCUGUUGUUAUGCUGAUUCCCACCAUUAUGUUCACUGCCGUGGCUGUUUUCUCGUUCAUUGCCCUCACUAAGGUUCACAACUUCUACCGUGGCAGUGGGGGCAGCAUGAGCAAGGCUCAAGAAGAAUGGACCACCGGUGCUUGGAAGAACCCUCAUGUCCAGCAGGCAGCACAGCAGGCAGCAAUGGGGGCUGCACAGGGGUCCAUGCAGGGCCAACAGUACUCUGCUGCCCCAACCUACAACUACGAUGAGCCGAUGUAGUUCCUUUUCAACCAUAGUGGGGGGAGGGGAUAAUAACAGGAUAUUUGAGAGGGCGUUACAGAGGGAUAAAGUCAAUGACUGCCUGAAACUGGGGGAGGGAGAAAGGCAAGACAUUUGUGCCAAUCAGAAUUCAAACAGUUUCUCACUAAUUCAACAAUGCAUAAACUUUUAGUGUGCGAUAGUUUUAGGAGUUGCUUUUUGGUAUUUAGACCCCCACCAUCAAAAGGAAAGUAUCCGUCUUACUGUGAGGUAUUAAGGCAGAUUUAAUUAAUGGCUAUGUAUUGUUUCUCCAGUUAUCGUAUUUUAAACAUGGCUGAACUUGAGUACCAAUAAGGAAACAUUUCAAUAUUCACUGUGUUUCUAUAGUAACUAGAUUCUCAGUUGGUUUUCAGAUUCGUCUGUGAUAUUUGCAAGCCAGUUAUAUAUUUGAGUUGGGUUUUAGUAUUCAAGAACACAUUUGAACAACUUAGCAAAUGCAUCUUUUCUCCCAUUUCUUAUGAAUAAAUGUAUGUUUAAUGCACAGAGAGGGGAGAAAAGACCAGCACUUGAAAAUAAAUUGACAACUGGUAAUAACUUGAUUUUGCUAUUGAAAAACGCUUAUAAAGAUUGCAUCUUUUAGUUGUUUUGAGCAUUUUACAAUAAGUGCAAGUACAAAGGUCUUACAAAGUUUAAUUUUCGUUAAUUAACUUUUACCACGUUGUUUCUUCAAUUUCCAUUAAGGUUCUGGGUAAGCCAUAUGUUUACAUUGUUUUUAGUUGUGUUUGGAUUGUGUUAAAGUUGUGUUGUGUUAAAUGUAAACUUUUUUUUUACCUCAGGAUUCAAUUGUGAUAUUUUGCUGCUGACGUAUUGCUAACGAAAUCGAUUGGAUGAAAUAUUUGUACUUGUACAUGUUGGACGUUUGUAUAUUAGUUUAAUUUAAACGCACUUGAAUAUAGAGUAAAUAUUUAAGCUGCUCUUAGCCACAGGCCUGUUAUAUAUUUCAAUCCAUUACAAUCCUACUUUUAGUGUUCACUGAAAUCGUAACUGUUUUGCGAAUAAUCUGAGACGCUUCACUGAAUUUGGUCAUUUCUGUAAAUAUCAAAAUGCAUCUUCUAUGCGUUUUAUUCUUCACUGAGCAAGGGGUUAACACCCAGAAGUAAAGCACACUACUAAGUAAUUUUGCCUCAAGUACAAUAUAUAUGAGUCAUAUUAAUGAUUAAUUACUCUGAUAGGUUAAAUAUUGGAGGAAUUUGUAUCACCCCAAAGUCACUUCCAUUGAUGAUGAUUCCCCCUCCCCCCACAAAUAUUGCUACGUGAAAUUCCUGAAUUACAAAAAUUUUGCCAUUAUUUAAAGAAUAGGUCACCCAAAAAUAAAUAUUUUCUCAUCAUUUACUCACCCUCAUGCCAUCUCAGAUGUGUUGGACUUUCUUCUGCAGAACGAAGAUUUUUCGAACAGUAUUUCCGCUCUGUAGGGCCAUAGUGAAUCCUGCAAGUGCAUUGUGGCCAGAACUUUGAAGCUCCAAAAAGCACAUAAAUGCAGCAUAAUAGUAAUCCAUAAAACUACAGUGGUUUAAUCUCUUCUCUUUAAUGUCUUCUGAAGCGAUAUGAUAAGUAUGGGUGAGAAACAGAUCAAUAUUGAAGUUUUUUUUACCAUGAAUCUCCACCUACGCUUACACAUUCUUCUUUUUUGUUUUUGCCAAUUUGCAUUCUUUGUGCAUAUCGCUACCUACUGGACAGGGUGGCGAAUUAACAUUAAAAAACUUAAAAAUGUAUCUGUUUCUUACCCACACUUAUAUGAAGACAUGGAUUUAACCACUGGAGUCAUGUGGAUUACUUUUAUGCUGCAUUUAUGUGCUUUUAGGAGCUUAAAAGUUCUGGAAAUCAUUCACUUGCAUUGUAUGAACCAACAGAGCUGAAAUAUUCAAAAAAUCUGGACGGAAUUCAUACACAUUCUGGGAUGGCAUGAUGGUGAGAGAAUUUACAUUUUUGGGUGAACUAUGCCUUUAAUUCUUUUGGACUGAGAAAAUUUUUGUAAUUUUGAUUUUAUCAAUGUAAUAUAAAAAAAGCAUUCAUCUAUAUUCGUUGAGUUUAAAGUAAUGACGAUAGAGUAUGUAAUUUGAGCACAGUUAUAUGUUCAGUUGUUAUCAUCCACAUAAAGAGAGAGAUUAAAUUGAUCAUAAUAAUAGUGUACAGUAUAUGUAACAUCAUGCUAUCUAUAUGUCUUAAUCAAGGCUUGUAAAAUACCUUCAAUCAUUUCAAGAACUGUGAAAUGUUCAAUAAGCCCAUGUGUGAUAUUGUUGUAUGUUUGGGGAGUUUUUUAUUUUCCGUAAAGACCUGUUUUUGUUCAUUUGUUUUUCUAUAUAAAGUGUAUGUAUUUAAGUGUAACUGUUCCACGGUGUGAUGCAUAGUACACUUGUUUGUAUAGACAUCCUGUUCAAAGCUUUGGCUGAAGUUUCCUCCCUAAUUAAUGUCUUUAGUGCUCAGAAAGCCCUCUAGUGGACUGGAUGUAAUUAACUUUACCUCUAUUGUCAGACAGUCAGCUAAGAAAACAUUGACAGUAGCAAUAUUGAAAUCUGUCGUAUAUAAUAUCAGGUGUGAAUGUCAUAUUUCAGCCGCACCAGCAAAAAGCUAAGGUCACUGUCCAUUGCCAAGACCAACACCUUAUAUUGUGCAAUGAUCUUCAUGUGUAUAUAUCCCAAAAUGGUUUCAAGUAGAUAAAGCCUUGUUCAUACUGUAAAGUUAAGUGAGUGGAAAGAUGCCAGUAGAGUAACAAAAACAGAUAUUUGUCUUUGUAUAGUGAGUUGUGUGUGGUGCUUGGUAAAUUUGUGAAUUGAACCAAACCAUGUGCCAUGUGUACAACGGCACUCUGUAUGUAAGUGUGUGUUGAUGCUAAUUCUUUUGUCAAGUCUACAGUGGAAUGUAUUGUUGACUUGGAGACAAGAACUGCAGUCCAGUACAUUUUACAGGUUUUAUUUACUUCUGUGUUUUAUUUUAUUUAUUUUUAUUGACUUUGAGAGUCAAGCAUUUCACAUGUUUCAUACUAAUGCAAAUUUAGCCAUAUUUUCCCCUCAGUUACUAUGUAUAAUAUACUGUACGCUGUACUAUUUCCUUAUAAAAUCAAGUAAGCAAUCUAACUCAAAGUUUAAAGGGAUAGUUCACCCAAAUGAAAAUGAAAAUUCUAUCACCAUUUAAUCACCCUCAUGAUUUUGUAGACCUGGAUUACUUUUUCUUCUGUAGCACACACACACACACACAAAAAUAUUUAGGUUGGUAAAAUUAGGUAGAGUGAGGUUUCAUUGUAUGGAAAAAAAUAUGCUAUGAGAUUAAAUGGUGAUUUAGGAUGAAAGCACCUAACAUUCUGCUUACCAUCUCCUUUUGUGUUCCAUGGAGGGGGAAAGUCAUGAGGGUGAAUGAUUACAGAACUACAUUUUUUUGGUUGAACUCUCUCAUUUAUAGUUGUGAUCUCUGAAAGUGGUUGUUUUUUAAGUUUGAGAUUUUAUUUCUUUUUGUAUUACUUUUAUAUUAUUUUGUCUCUCCCUGAUGAAUAAUAAAUAGAUAAAAUAGCAUGUGUUUUAAUUUCUUGUUAUGAAUUGCACAUUCACCAGUAGAUGGCAUGGCUUGUUUGAUAGCAUCUGGUC